GAAAUGGAAAAAAAAACAUAGUAGUUCGUACAAUAUUUUGCCUAUGAUAAUUGUUUACCAUAUAGCUAUAAUAAUAAACCGUUGACAUUAUUGUCGGUAGGUACUAUACUGUACAUACGUCCAAGCCUGAGUUUCUGCACCGAGGCAGAGUGAGUUUAGUUUCUGUUUUGUUUCUUGGUAACUUGUGGGUGAGGUCCAUUUCAACCAAUGAGGAAAGAAUAGCACAAACGAUCCCUGUGUGUGAAAAAGAAUGGCUGCCAGUUUGUCUCUCUUGGAGGAGCACCUCUCUUGUCCCGUUUGCGGUGACAUCUUCAGGAACCCGGUGGUCCUCAAAUGCAGCCACAGCUUCUGUGAGGAGUGUCUGCAGAAAUACUGGAAGGAAAUGGAGAAUCCGCUGUGUCCCGUAUGCAAAAAAGAGUGUUCAUCUGAGGAGCAGAGUUUAAGCCUCGCCUUAAAGAGUCUCUGUGAUUCCUUACAGAACGGGGGUGAAAACAUCCGAUCUGAUAACUGCCAGCUGCAUGGGGAGAAACUUAAAAUCUUCUGUUUCGACGAUAAACAGCUCAUUUGUGUUGUCUGCUACACAUCAAAAAAACAUAAAGGUCAUGACUGUUAUCCCGUUGAGGAGGCUGUGCCGGAUUUGAAGAGUGAAAUCCAGGCUGUGGUUUCCACUUUGAAGAACAAACUAGAAAACAAGAACACAGCCAAGAUGUGUCAUCAAAGCUGGGUGGAGCACAUAAAGGGCCAGGCCCAAUUUGCAGAGGAGCAGAUCAGCAGGGAGUUUCAGAAACUCCACCAGUUCCUAGACGAGGAAGAGACGGCCAGGAUAGCUACCCUGAGAGAGGAAGAACGGCAGAAAUCUGAAGUGAUGCAAGAAAAAGCUGAGGCGUUGACCAGAGAGCUCACAACCCUUUCAGAGACGAUUGUAGUUAUAGAUAAGGAAAUGGAAGUUGACAAUAUCACAUUCCUGCAGAACUACAAGGCCAUACUUAACAGAGCCAAUUGCACAUUCCCAGAUACUGAAGAUACUCAGGUAGUGUCAGGAGCACUGAUUGACGUGGCCAAACAUGUGGGAUCUCUCAAGUUCAAAGUCUGGGAGAAGAUGCAUGAGUUUGUUGACUACACUCCUGUGACCAUGGAUCCGAACACUAUGUCCACUAAGUUCACACUCUCUGAUGACCUCACCACUAUGACAUACUGUGACGAGAGGCAGAGUCUCCCAGACAAUCCCGAAAGGUUUCUUAACGUAGGAGUGUUGGGUUCUGAAGGGUACAGUGAAGGCAUCCAUUACUGGGAUGUGGAGGUAGGAGAUAAUGAUAACUGGAUCUUAGGAGUAGCCAAAGAGUCCAUUCCACGCAAGAAGCAAGUCAAAAUGGAGCCUCAGAGUGGAUUGUGGAUCAUCAAACACAUCAGUGGCAAAUACAAAGCAUGUAUAAAAUCGCAUGUCCAGAUCAAAGUAGAUGAGAGCCCACAAGUGAUCCGAGUUCGACUGGACUGUGACAAAGGGGAGGUGACAUUCUGCGACAUCACCAAGAAACGAACUCUCUACACCUUCAAAGACAAAUUCACUGAAAAGGUGUUCCCGUACUUUAAUAGUGGAAGUAAGAUUUGCCCACUGCGCCUUUUUGUAGCGGGAAAGGCGAAAACUAUCUAAUUGCCAGGGUCAAGUGAGGACAAACAUAUGUAAUUAUGUACUGACAUUAGCUGGAAGGUUGUGAAAAUUGUUUGACUAAAACUCCAUGUAAUUAAAAUGAAGACUUUCCUUUAAUAUUUUUUUAAAUUACGGGUUAACACCCGUACUCUUACGAUAAGUGCCAUGGGAUCUUUAAAUGACCGCAGAGAGUCAGGACACCCGUUUAACGUCCCAUCCGGAAGACGGCACCCUACACAGGGUAGUGUGAUCACUGCCCUGGGGCAUUGGGAUAGUUUUUAGACCAGAGGAAAGAAUAAGAUACUGCCAUCUCAGAAGUAAUGUACAAGUGUUUUAAGCAGUUGAUACAGUAUAUUUUUAAAAAAUGUAAUGUCAGUAAAUCAAAAUAAAUUAUAUGUAAGUUUCAAUUGCACCUUCCUAGUCAUUCAAUUAACACUUGCAUUUACACAUUCACAUAAAAAGUUUGAAUGUACUGUCAUUAGAGAUAUCAACCACUAGAUGGGGAUAUCCAGCUAUAUAGACAUCCCUAUUGCUCAAUGCCACACUGUAAUAUGUGCAUACAGUCAGAGUAGGUUCCUCUGAGCUGAGACAACCUUGUAAAAAAAAAAAAAAAAAAAUUUUUAAUCAUACAAUGACAAUACAUAUUAGGUUUCAAUGAGAUCCAGGUGGAUGGGUAAAGGGGUCUCACCCUAUAGUACUAUGAAUCUCUGAACUUGGAUUUCAGUUUUUGAUCAGGGCACAGGACCGUUUCUGUGGGCAGCUACUAGAUGGGUCCAGUGGCGACCCAUCAUUCAGGGCAGUUGAGUUGUUUUUGUUUUGUUGCCUGUUUGCAUGUUAUUUUGUCAUUAUUACAGUAUGUGUCAUAUCCGUUUGCAAACAAUGUCAAUUAAAAGUGUCAUACAUUGAGUCUGUAAUACUGCAUACAAA